AUGCUCGUUACAUUGACAUACUCGUCCGGGGCUCACGUAACUCGCAAUUUGGUCGAUGUGGCUCCGCUGGAAGCCAUCAGGGGAGCAAUUGUGGAUCUGUUUGAACACUUCAACGGCAUGGGUGGUUGGGCUGAAGACGAUGAGCCUCUCGUAUCGGCCCUUGUCGAGUAUCCCGUUGCGACCGCGGUAGACGAAUCUGCGAGCGCCAAUCACCUUCAAGUCUCCAAGCCCACUCAGGCAGUCAAGUCCUCUGCUAUCGCCAAUCACCUUCAACUCUCCGAAGAUCAGAAGCGGCACGAAGAAUGCAUGGAAGCUGGUGCACAGAUCGCGUACUUGCUUUACCGUGUCGCGAUCGCCCCUGCGGAUGUUGUCGAGAACAUCGCGAUGGGGUUCUGGGGCUAUAUCAGCCAGUGUGGUGCUCUUUAUUAG